AUGAAAGUGAAGAGCUCGGACGUUCUCAACUAUUUGUCUGACGAUGAGAAAGAUGGAAAGGAUAAGGUGCACAUUGGGCUACGUUUAAGCCAUGGGAACUUUGUUUGGCUAAGCGGUUCAACCUGCGGGUUCAGACACUGGAAUUCAGGAGAACCAAACAAUCAUGGAAAGCAUACGCGAGGAAAAGGAACAGAAGACGCGGUUGAGCAAUACUCCGACGAUGGUGCUAUGUACCACUAUGGUUGGAACGACACCGAAGUGGGAUCUGAUGUAUAA